AUGCAGAUCGUGAUUCUGCUAUUUGUGCAGCAGUUAUUUUCCGCCGAAGGCUACAGUGCCUUCAGCGACAGAGAUGAGCUGCGAAGCACCCUUAUCGAUUGGGAGAACAAUCCAGGCAACCGACCCACCAUCGAGAGCACUUAUGGACCAAUUGAGGAUUGGGAUGUAUCCAGUGUCACCAGCUUUGUUGCGCUGUUCAGUGGUUUGCGAAAUUUCAACGAAGAGAUCGGAAACUGGGAGACAUCCCAGGUGACAGAUAUGUCCUUCACCUUCAGUAGCGCCACAGCCUUCAACAAGGACAUUGGCUCAUGGAAAACACCUCGGGUGACCACAAUGUCAAACAUGUUUGCGAAUACAAGAGCCUUCAACCAGGAUAUCGGGUCAUGGGACACAUCCCAGGUGACCGAUAUGACAAACAUGUUCAACGGCGGCCGAGCUUUCAACGGGAAAGUUGGGUCCUGGGAUGUAUCCAGCGUGACCCUCAUGCGAUUCAUGUUCAGAGACGCGGAGGCCUUCAACCAACCCAUUGGAAAAUGGGUUCCAUCCCAGGCGACCAGCAUGCGAGGCAUGUUCGAAGGAGCUGCAGAUUUCAACCAGCCUCUGAAUUCCUGGGAUGUAUCCAGUGUGGGGGAUUUCAACAGUAUGUUCAACGGGGCCACGGUCUUCAACCAGUGCCUGGACUCCUGGACUGACCAAAUAAAUAGCACGUCCAGCAACAAUGUCUUUACGGGCACCUCAUGCCCUGAUGAAGACUGCACUGUUUGCCCCCCGCGUGCGUGGUGCGAAGACUUGGAUGCUUUGGACUAUGCGUUGUUGAACAAGAAGGGCAAGUUGGCUGCGCGGCAAUGCAUCCUGCACUCGCUGAUAGAGGACUACAAGUUCCCAGCAAAGCUUCCUUCUUGGAGCCGGGUCGCAACGAAGGCCGGGCUGACCAGCGUGUUCUGCUUCAUCAUGGUCUCACUGGUCGUAGCCGCAGCUGCCUGGCGAAUCCGUAGGCAGGGGUCUCUGGUCUAUGAAGCGCUGUAA